UUACUUAACACAUUAGCGGGGCACGGUAACGUUACGCUGUCUUCAGCUAGCAAUAUGUACUUUGACAUUAGGUCUGCCAUGGAAUUUGUUCUGUCCAGAUUGGUUUGAACACAGGUACGGGAGCUGUGUCUGGUCAAACAACAUUCACCUGUAAUAACCAGCAAAUAGUAUUUACCUACUCAUCAUUAUCUGUUUAUACUCAUUAACAUGUUUAUCGACUCGUGAUCGGAGUGUGUAAGAACUGACGGCCAGUGUUCCGGAUACUUACUUAAGUCAACACGUGAGACUGAACGUAACAGACAGGACAGUGUAAGACGGGGGAUUUACUGUGACCGAGCAACGUGUCCUUACCGCCGGGACGUACUUGUAUCAAAUGACAUGUGGUUGAUCUACACAUUGACUAUUCUUAUACUGUAACCUUGGGAACGUCACCACAAUUAUUUGUUGAAAAGAUGCAAUCUCUCAAACGGUGUUGGUUGAACUGAAUAAACAUAUAUACUGAGACAAUCACCUGCAUGGAUAUCAACCUUUCUACUCCUGAACUGAAAACUCUACCCAACACCUGACAGUGAGGCGUAACGCGAUCAUUCCCUUCAGUAAGUGUGUAACGCGGCCUGACCAUGGGUGUGAGCGAAACAAACUUUGCUCUGAACUUGUCGUACGGAGGUAAAUACAUCCAGGACACGGGUAAUAGUACGGAUCAGCUGGACGCCUUCUACAUGCAAUACGUGUGUAACGGCAUCGCCCUUCCCAUCAUCUCCGUGCUGGGCGUCAUCGGAAACAUUCUCACUAUGAUGGUACUUUGGCGCAAGGAGAUGCAGUCCACUACCAUCCUGUUCUUGUGUGCGCUUGUGGUGACAGACACAGGUAUCAUUAUUGUGGCAUGUGUGGCGCUCACACCGUACUCCAUAUCGCUGUUUCAUCCCGAGCUGUGGUACUAUAAGGAUGUUAUUUACCCUAACCUUUACACAGCAGUCUUCUUCCUCAUCAUGAGUAUCCAGCAAUGCAACGUUUGGAUCACGGUUUCUGUGUCGGUAGAACGCUACAUCGCCAUUUGCCACCCUUUCCGCGCCCAAAAAAUCUGCACGCGCAAAAAGACAUACAUCACCCUCAUGGUCAUUACAGUCAUCUCCGUCGCCUACAACAUUCCGCGACUGUUCGCUACCAUGGCCCGGACGCCCUGCACGGACCCCGGGCAAGAGGUCCCAGCUGACCACGACUGUUUCCUGCUCCUUACAACGGAGUUUGGCGAAAACUUUUUCUACACAAAAAUGUACUCGGUGUGGAUGUACGCAAGUAUUAUCUACAUCAUACCGCUGAGUGUGUUAACAGUGCUAAACAUCCUCAUCAUCAUGGAACUGAUGCGGAUGCGUGCACGGCGAGCAGGAAUGAACAUUCAGGACGACCAGGAGGCCAACCUUAGCCUCGUUCUCGUGUUGAUUGUUGUUGUGUUCAUCUUGUGCCAAACACCAGGUCUGUUUGCCCAGUUCGACUUCCUGUUUAAUACUGUUACGAUGAUCAAGUGGCUGGCUGUGAGUAACAUCCUUUUUGUAGCUAAUUCAUCUGUUAACUUUUUAAUCUAUACACUUGUUGGUCAAAAAUUCCGCAGAGUGUUAUUGGGAGUUCUCAAGAACUUGUUCGGGAGGAAGAUUCUGUCGGACGUUUCUCGGAAUUCAUCUAGACAGUCAAAUGGCCUAGAGCUAAACCACAGACAAUAUGCUCCCGUCAACUCGGAAACGCAUGUGGAAAAUGUGGAGAAAGUCCGACUGAACGAGUGACAGGUAGCAAACGAUUCGAUUGAAAGAAUAAGCAAUAAAUAUGGAUCGUGUUAUGUUACCAUUGUGCUGAUUGCCAGUCGUCUUUAUGACGAGGAUUUUCGAUACCAUGAUGUUCUGGACCAGUUUUUGAGUUGUUGUCGCGUAACAUUUAAAUGCACAUCUCUUGCAGUUCUAAAAAACAAGUGCCCCUCUGAAGCUGGGCAUGUCGCAUUUGGGUCGGAAAUAAAUAUUUGCCCUUUGGUGGAUAUUAGUCUCGUGAGGCUUACGUGAAUAUGGAUGUGACGUGGUGUAUACAGGGACCAGGCCCUGACCGUUGAUUAUUGGUCCGGUGACGAUGUGACGUGGUGUAAACAGGGACCAGGCCCUGACCGUUGAUUAUUGGCCCGGUGACGAUGCAGUCUCCAUUCAUGUCCUGUAUCGUUAACAUUGCCUCCAUUUUUAUUUCUAUAUGUCUCGGUGAUUGACACCGUACGUCCAACCAGGAACGUCUUGUGAUUUUUGCCCAUGUCCUUACACUGUCACUACAGUGAAAUGCCAUGAAUCAUUCUGGGAAAUGUUAAAAAUGUUUAAGUCGAUCGGUGAUUGAUGGGCGUGCCGACGUUAGAGGCGUUGUGACGUGUACAGCGACUUUUGGACUACGUAAACUUAUGUUAGACAGAUUUUGUGAUAACGUUGUUGUGUUAUAUAUUUAUUAUUGAAUUAUGAGUUUAGAAAUAUAUCAAAAAACGA